AUUGUAAUUUAACUCUUGGCCACGUCCACCGGCCACGUCGCCCCGUGUUCGCCAUAUUUCUCGGAGGAAUGCCCUGGAAAAGUGUUGGAAAUCGGUUCAAGCAAUUUUCGGCCGUCUCGUAUUCGCAUUAGCGGACAAAGCCUCGUCUCGAUUUGCGUUCAAAUAGGAACAUUUAAUAGACACCAUGAAUAUCUUUAGGCUGGCCGGAGAUCUGUCUCAUUUAGCGGCAAUCAUCAUUCUGCUGCUCAAAAUAUGGAAAACCCGUUCGUGCGCAGGGAUCUCUGGAAAAAGCCAGAUACUCUUUGCUUUGGUUUUCACGACACGUUAUCUGGACCUGCUCACCUCCUUUAUUUCUCUCUACAACACAAGCAUGAAGAUCAUCUACGUUGGAUGUUCUUAUGCCACUGUGUACCUGAUGUAUAUGAAAUUCAAGGCUACAUACGAUGGAAACCAUGACACCUUUAGAGUGGAGUUUCUAAUAGUUCCAGUAGGAGGCCUGGCCUUUUUGGUCAAUCAUGACUUCUCCCCAUUGGAGAUCCUGUGGACCUUCUCCAUCUACCUUGAGUCAGUGGCCAUCUUGCCUCAGCUCUUCCUGAUCAGUAAGACUGGUGAAGCUGAGACCAUCACCACCCACUAUCUGUUCUGUCUGGGUGUCUACCGUGCCCUGUAUCUCUUCAACUGGAUCUGGAGGUUCUACUUUGAAGGCUUCUUUGACAUGAUCGCUAUUGUGGCUGGGGUGGUUCAGACCAUCUUGUAUUGUGACUUCUUCUACCUUUAUGUCACAAAAGUGCUGAAAGGAAAGAAGCUGAGCUUGCCAGCAUAAGUGCCAAAGAACAGAAGACCUGUGUCACCAUUCAGACUCAUAUGGGGGGCACGGGCCAGUAAAGCCACAGCAAGAGGCCGAAGACAGAAAGAGCAUGUGAAACUGAUGCUGUUUGAGAAAUGUCAUCCGGAUGGGGAAAAAACAACGACAGCACAAUGACUGCAAUGAGGACUUCUCUUGGAUUUGGCAACAGGAAUUUUUGUUUUCAGCAUCUUGCAAUACCUUUUUAGUGCUGUAAGGAAAAAAAAAGGAAAAAAAAAAAGAGUAAACAUACUUUUCUAUGUGAGGUGUUCCAAAAGCUUAAACUUUAAAAUGAUAAAGAUUGGCCAGAUUAAACAGAACCUUUAACUCAUUCAUGUACUUUUGAACAUUUCUUUCUGUUUUCAAGGUUUCUAGGAGUGUUGAAACAGGUACAGUAUGUUCUUUAUGAGUGACACAAAUUUCUAUCCACGGAAAUAUUUUAACGCAUCCCAUUCUUCCAUAUAACAUGAAAUUGCUUUCGAUUUCAAAGCCCUUUCACAGUUCAUAAACAUCCACAAAUGCCUUAUAUUCAUUUGAACAGCAAAUUAUUGCCAGUAUAUAAGCCAAAAUGUUUCCUUGUAAAUGCAUCCACUUUUGAGUAAAAUGAAUGUUUUGUACUACGAAAUCAUUCAGCACUGACAAGUUUUAUUCCUUAUACUCCAAAUUACUCUGGAUUUUGUAUCUCUAUUAAGGCUGUAGUCAUUCAGCAGUACUCAUGAGGUACAUAUCUCGAAAAAGCAAGAUAGAAUAAUAUUAAUAGUAGUAUCCUGCACUCUUAAGUAUUUGAUCUUUAGAUGCAGUAAUUUAUCAACAAUGCCCGUGGAAUUUAAUGUUGUGCAUAUUAUCAAACAAGAUCUAGAGUGUGUGUAUAUAGAUUUCAUAGGAUGUGUUCAUUGUGGACAUUCAUUUAUAUAUUCAUAAUGCCUGAUGUUCCCCCUCAUGAGUCAUUCCGUUAGGGUUUUCAUUUUUGUUGAGUUUUUACAUUAUCACCUCCAAUAAAACAUUUUACAGGCCA